AGGAAUCUAGGUUGCCUUGAAGAUUCUAGGUUGUCCGGAGGAUUCUAUGUUGCCCGGAGAAUUCUAAAUUGCCUGGAGGAUUCUAGGUUGCCUGGAGGAUUUCAGGUUGCCUUGGAGAUUUUAGGUUGCCUUGAAGAUUCUAGGUUGUCCGGAGGAUUCUAUGUUGCCCGGAGAAUUCUAAAUUGCCUGGAGGAUUCUAGGUUGCCUGGAGGAUUUCAGGUUGCCUUGGAGAUUUUAGGUUAG